AUGAGCGUCGACUCCAUUAUCGAACAGCUGCUCGAGGUGCGUGGUGCGAAGCCCGGUAAACAGGUACAGUUAGCCGAGAAUGAUGUGAAGCAGUUGACGCUGCGCACACGCGAGAUUGUUCUCUCGCAGCCGCCUCUGCUAGAGCUGGAGGCGCCCAUUAAGAUAUGCGGUGACAUUCAUGGUCAGUACUACGACCUCAUCCGUCUCUUCGAGAAUGGCGGCUUCCCGCCGACAGCGAACUACCUCUUCCUCGGCGAUUAUGUGGACCGCGGAAAGCAAGGUCUCGAAACGAUUUGCUUGGUCUUUGCCUUCAAGGUAAAGUUUCCCGAAAACUUUUUCAUCUUGCGAGGCAACCACGAGUGUGCCAGCAUCAACCGCAUCUACGGCUUCUUCGACGAGUGCAAGCGCCGCUACAAUAUCCGCCUCUGGAAGGCCUUUACAGACACGUUUAACUGUCUUCCCGUGGCGUGCAUUAUUGAUGACAAGAUCUUCUGCUGCCACGGUGGCCUUUCACCGGAGCUGCAGACGAUGGACCAGAUCAAGAAGAUCACUCGUCCGUGCGAUGUGGCGGACACUGGCCUGAUCUGCGACCUGCUGUGGUCAGACCCAGAGGAAGGUCUCUCUGGGUGGGGUGAGAACGACCGCGGUGUGUCCUUCACCUUCGGCCAGGAUAUUGUAGAGAAGUUCUUAAACAAGCACCAAUUUGAGCUGAUUUGCCGCGCUCAUCAGGUCGUAGAGGAUGGGUACCAGUUUUUCGCGAAGCGCAAGCUUAUCACAAUCUUCUCUGCCCCUAACUACUGUAAUGAGUUCGAUAACAGUGGCGCCGUGAUGACUGUCGACAACGAGCUUAUGUGCUCUUUUCAGAUCCUCAAGCCGUCUGUGAAGAAGCCGAAGUUCUACUCGUAG